AUGAAGGUCCCAUAUGUUGCCAAUGAACUGCUUUGGUGGAUGGCCAUACAAAGUAUGGGAGAGACUGCCCUGCUGGCACACAUCAUGGAGUUGAAUGUGCUGCAAGUCAAAAGAGGAGAGAUGAGAUAUAUGAUCCACACCAGUCCUAUGCCACAUACCUGGUGGACAAGGGACCCUACCCAUCUGGAUGGGUAUGAUCAUCAAUCAUUGGAGGAAGUUUUGCAGGAGGCCAAGGAAUUCUUUGUUGGGGUUGAGAUGAUCCAUCAGGAGGAGGAGAUUCACUGGCUCCAUGGUGUGAUGGAAUUCUGCAGUGAAUGGCUCACCCUUUUUGACAGGCUUGGACAAGUACAGGACCAGCUUGAGGACUUCUGA